AUGCCUGCGGGGGCCGGGGCCGCCGGCCUCAGGGAGCUCCUGCUCCUCUGCCCGGUGCAGGGGCUGGUCGAGGCGCUGCAGGAGAUGCUGGAGAAGCUGGGGAGCAGGGAGCUGCCGGCGGUAGAGAAGAGGCUGAGCUGGGUGCCCUUGUGCGAGCCCGGGGAGCCGUGCGCCGUGCGGAAGGGAGCACGCAUCGGGAAGCUCUGCAGCUGCCCCCGCGGCACCGCCUGCAACCUGCUCAUCCUCAAGUGCUCCUAA